GUGAUGCAAACUCAAGCAGGACUAUCAGAAUGGUUGAAGAAAAUCGAUAAGUAUGGAUUUUGUUUUGUCGAUGGAGUACCACCUAAAGUUAAGGAAACUGAAGAAUUAGCAGAAAGAAUUUGUUAUAUAAGAGAAUCUCAUUAUGGUAAAUUUUGGGAUUUCACAUCAAAUUUAGCUCACGGAGAUACAGCAUAUACUACAUUGGCGUUAAAAGCUCAUACUGAUAACACUUACUUUACUGAUCCAUCCGGAUUGCAGAUGUUUCAUUUAAUCGAGUUCCAAGGUAAAGGAGGGUCGUCAUUAUUAAUUGACGGAUUCUCAAUAGCUCGUAAAUUAAAAAUGAAAUAUCCGGAAGCAUACAAAGUGUUAUCCACGAUUCGCAUCCCAACACAUUCCGCAGGAGAUUCCAAAGUAUUAAUUCAGCCAACACCAUUAGCUUAUCCUAUCUUAAAUCAUAAUCCUUUAACAAAUGAACUUUAUCAAAUUCGUUAUAAUAAUGAUGAUAGGUCAACUUUAAAUCAAUUAACAUCCGAGGAAAUUGAAUCAUUUUACGAUUCAUUAAGAAAAUGGAAUAAAAUUUUAGUUGAUAAAGAAAAUGAAUAUUGGGUACAAUUGGGACCCGGUAGGGUAAUGAUUUUUGAUAAUUGGAGAGUAUUACAUGGUAGAGCGGAAUUUACCGGUCAUAGAAGAUUAAUUGGUGCUUAUUUAAAUUGGGAUGAUUAUAGAAGUAAAUUAAAGGUUUCCAGUUUAUCCAGACAAGAAAUUGAAGAGGCUUUAUAA